AUGCACAAACUCUCAAACUUCCCGGCCCAGGCCCGGCACGGAUGGGAGAAGAUGGCGCCGUCCACGAGCUUCUCCUUCUCGAGGUCCAACCACGAAAUGCCCGUCUCAGCGCCCAUCAAGCGUCCGUCGACGGCCACGACAUCGGCGCCGCCCGUGAUCGCCCCGGGUACCCAGGUCAACCUCUCGUUUAACGUGCCCUUUUCCUCGAACCUGCAAGGGCCCGAUCCCGACGACAUCAUGUGGGCCAGUCCGGGGGCGAAGGCGCGAUGGACGCACGCCGAAGGAACCGCAGAGGGCACUCCCACGCACAAGCUGCCCGUGCAUGCACAGAACGUCGACAAGCUGCGCAAUCUGUGUCGCGAAGUGAGCGAGCAAACCGACGGGCGCGUCUCGGCCGUCGUCACUUCGGCCGAGUCGAAGCCGUUGCCCGGCCUGCAGCGGGGCCCGCUACGGGCCCUCGUCACCAACGUGUGUCUGUCGGGCGAGCUGGAGAUUGUGAAUUCGAUGCGCUGCCGCAUCCUCAACUCGACGCCCAUUUCUCUGCGAUCAUCCUUUGUCGACAUCGACUCGCAGCUCAUCAUCGACCCGCCCUCGCAAAAUGUCCGCGGCGCCGUGCUGAACCAACUCGACCUCAUCGCAAAGGCCACAAAGGCCGACAUGUUCCUGCUGAUGCCCAAGCAGCCGGACAUUGAGACGGCGAGCUUCCACGGCAACAUGGACACGGGCAUGGAUCCGCGUCUGCGCUGUCAGAUCUACGGCGAUCUCGAGACCAUGGAGCACGCAAAGACGCGGGUCCUGAUCAUGAUUGACCAAAUUCUCAAGCGAUCUGUCGAUACCAUGAAGCUGGAACUAACUAUGCAUACGUUAAUAUGCGGACGCGGCCGCAAGAACAUCAAGAUGAUCGAGUCGGCCACAGGCACCGCCAUCUACUUCCCCCCGCCCUUUCCCCGCCUGUUCGGGUACACACCACACGGCGCACAGCGGAGACCCGACGACCUCGUGUACAUCACGGGUGAGAAUCCCGAAAACAUACUCCGUGCCAAGCAGCGACUACACGACCUAGUCAUGUCCACAAAGGUCUUUGUCAAGCCCGUCAUGGUCACCGACACCAAGCUUGACGCCAUCCUGCUCGAGCGUCUCGACAAGGUCCGCAAGAUCAUCGAGAACAACGGCUCCUACAUCCUGCUGCCACCCCUCGGAGUCCAGCGCGGUCUUGUGCGGGUCCAAGGCACAGAUGUCUUGCACGUCGAGCGUACUGUGCGCGAACUCAUGCAGCUUGCUGGCCAAUUCUACAGUGCCUCGUGGUUCAUCACCCAUCCCGACCCCACCCAACGCCCGCCCACCCCCGCCGACGUCCGUGCUAUGCUCUCCGACAUCUGCAUCAACUCCGGCGCCGAAGUCAGCUUCGAAAAACUAAACUUCCACAUCUACGGAUCCGACGAUGCUGUGCGAGCCGCCCUCAUGGUCAUUAGUAACAUUCCAUUCGUCAAAAAAUCUCAGUACAACAUGAGCGUCAAGAUUGAGCUUGCCAACGAGCACAAGGAGUUUGUCAGCGGCAAGAAGAAUGGCAAAAUCAACAAAAUCAUGAGCCACAGCAGUGUGCAGAUUGUCUUUGACGGCUUCAACGAGUACAACUUCUACAUUGUAGUCCGCGGUGCCCAGUACGAGGCCACGAAAAACGGGUUGGACCUUGUCGAACAGGAAAUGCCCGCCUCAAUCUCCUUCCACGUUCCCGAUCAGUACCACAAGCGCAUCAUUGGCAUCGGCGGUCAGCACAUUCAACGCAUCAUGAAGAAGUACUCCGUCUUUGUCAAGUUCUCAAACGCCAUGGACCGCGGCGGUUUUGGCAAGGAAGAAGACGAUAUCAAGGUCGACAACGUCAUCUGCCGCACCCCUGCCCGCAAUGCUCAGAACCGUCGACUUGGUCAAGCAAGAGAUCAUGGAUAUGUUAUGCACGGCCUCGAUACCAACACCGUCCGCGGCGCACUACCACGCCCCAAGUCUGACUCUUUUGAAGACUCUCUGCCCUUCUUUGAGUCCAAGCUCCUCCAGCGUGCUGAACCUGCUGUUGAAAGCACAGACUCCCCCACACGCUCUCACUUUGGUGGUGAUGAUGAGCCCCGCGGCAUGCUGGACCGUCUCCGCAAGCCAGGCAGCAUGUCGUCCUUUACGUCCAUCUUCAACGGACGCAAGAGCACAAACUCACCCGGAUCUCUCUUCAAGCAUGCAUCCAGCAACGCUUCCAAGGCAUCCCUUGCCAGUCUCGAGUCCACCGGUAGCUACCGCAACCCGUGGAACGACAGCGGCAUCAACCUCGCCGACGACGAGCACCACACUAACGGUUGGCCCAUGCCAGCCCCUCGUUUCGAGUCAAAGUUUCCUUUUGGUUCCUCUUCCGCGGCGGCGCCUGGGGACGUGACCCCUAGGUACGACGCGCGGGGCUCCGUGGACAGCGGGCGCCCCAGUACUUCUCAUUCUGCAUCUGGAUACCCGGCCCCUAUUGGGCCUCCUCGUUAA